AAGGCGCGGGGUGCAGCCGCAGCUGGGAGCGCAGCGGGACGGGAGCGGGACAGGACAGGACAGCGGCGGCGACGGCGGGAAACAUGUGCGACAAGCCCGACCUGUCGGAGGUGGAGAAAUUCGACAAGAAAAAGCUGAAGAAAACCAACACGGAGGAGAAGAACACGCUGCCCUCCAAGGAGACUAUUGAACAGGAGAAGGAAUGUGUGAAGUCCUCCUAGAGCGAGAUGGCCUGGCAAGAAGAGCUCCCACUGGAUUGGUUUUGCUUUGGAUGAAAUCAUGUGGUGUUGUGUUUCCUUUAAUUUCCAUGUACAGGGAUGAGCUGCAUCACCCACCCCCCCUGUCCCAGCUGGGUGGCAGCUUUGGGAUGGGGAACAAAGCCUGCUCCUCACACUCCAUCAAUAGCCUGAGCCAACCCCCUCCCCUUGAUCUGCUCUAAUGCAGUGGGGACGUGAGCAAGGGCUAUGGAGGCUUCUGGGGCCAGACCCCUCUGCUUGGGGGAGUUGGGAUCCUUUCUGGCCCAGCCUGUGGCUGGGGUCUGUCUCACUCUUCACUGGUGGUGUUCUGUAGCCUCACAGGUUUUUGUCUUCCUUGGGGGGGGGGAAUGAGAAGUUUAUUAUAAAAUAAAGAAGUGCUGAUCUG